GUGGAGUGAACAUGCGUUAAUGUUGUUCUCUUGUUGAUAUAAGUGAACCUUCAAAAAAUAGGCUUAGAAUUGUUUCUUAGUUGAUAGAGGAAAGUUGAGUUCCAAUGAUGACCGAAUCCUCAACCACAAUCAACUAACUGAAUUAUGUUAGAUCAACUUGAAUAUCAAGCAAGUCAACAACUAGUAACCGAAUUGACAAAUUUCUGUUUAUUUGAGACCACAAAUAAAACGCAUUUCAAUAUAUUGAACUGUUUUAAUCAACGGUGAACGUCAAUUCCUUCAUUAAAACAAAGUGUUAAUCCUAAUCAACUUUUAGUUAGAAGACAACAAUUAAUCAAUUCGCAGAAUGCCCUUCUUUUACCUCCAUUCACCAAGAGAACAACUUUGUCUUCAAAAAAGAAUUCCAGCUCGUAUUUGUUUCUCAUUGAAUCACAUUCGCCAACACACUGACCCAGAAACACUUAAAGUCGAAAGGUCCGAAGCUAUAAUCUAUUCCUUGGUAAUUGUUGUUUUUUAUGCAGCGAUUAUUUUAAUCGUUGUUGGAACCAACAUGCAUCGAUGUCGUAAACGUCGUCAACGGUUAAAUCGACAACAAACAUUAAACUCUAAUCAUAAACAAUUAACCAAAUCACCCUCAUUGAUUGUCUCAAUAAACAGUGAACCAGAUAACUUUAGUUUACUGACCAAUCAUGUGAAUAAUAAUCAACCAGCAUUAACUUUAACAAGUAAUCAUAACCAAGAGCUGAUAACUAAAUUAACCAAGGGAUCACCUGUUUGACAUUAAAUUUAAUUUAAUUUACUAAUUAUAAUUGAUAAAACACUAAUCAAGUGUACUUUCAUCAGCCAGGGAGAAAUUAAUUAAUCUAAAAUGACCAGAAUUUAACAAGAACCAAAGCACCAAAAUCCCAAGGAAUCAAAACAAUCGUGAUACCAAAACAACAACCUCACUGUCGAAACAAUUAUAUUGAUUAACCAAAUCAACUGAUUGACUAUUGUACAACAAAGGACUUAAUUGUAUUUUUAACUAAUUCCCAAUUUAUACAAACAAAUCAAAAGCCUUUGAAACCCAUUAUACUUGUUGAUUGAACUUAAAUUUUUCUGUAAAUAUUACAAACACGAAUUAAAGUAUUAAUAAAAUCUAUCAA